CCUUUGCAUGCAAGACUCCUUCCCUUUGACAGUCCAGUCCUGCAUCAUGCCAAAAGACUGUGAAACCACUGAGUGGUCUUCCUGGAGCCCUUGCUCCAAGACGUGUCGUUCAGGAAGUCUCUCACCAGGAUUUAGGAGCAGGAGCCGGAAUGUGAGGCACAUUGCUAUUGGAGGUGGAAAGAAAUGUCCUGAACUUCUUGAGAAAGAGGCCUGCAUUGUUGAGGAACUUUUGCAGCCAUGUCCCAGGUAUUCCUGGAGGACCUCUGAAUGGAAAGAAUGCCAAGUCUCUCUUCUCCUCGAGCAGCAGGACCCCUACUGGCAUGUGAUGGGACCCAUUUGUGGAGGUGGGAUCCAGACCCGGGAGGUGUACUGUGCCCAGAGCACGCCAGCAUCCACCGCACAGAGGGCCAAGGAAGUCUCUAGACCGGUGAAAAAGACAUUAUGUUUGGGACCUGCCCCUUCAGCCUCUCGGCUCUGCAGUAUCCUUUGCUCUACCAACUGUAUAGUAUCUUCCUGGUCUGCCUGGGGCCUGUGCAUCCAUGAAAACUGCCACGAUCCUCAGGGGAGAAAAGGAUUUAGAAUGAGGCAGCGCCAUGUCCUCAUGGAACCCACAGGGCCUGCGGGCCACUGCCCUCAUUUGGUGGAGUCCGUUCCUUGUGAGGAUCCAAUGUGUUACCGAUGGCUGGCGUCUGAAGGCAUCUGUAUCCCCGAUCAUGGAAAAUGUGGCCGAGGACACCGCAUCCUGAAGGCUGUAUGUCAGAAUGACCAAG